AUGGCAGACAUUCUAACGCAGCUCCAAACCUGUCUCGAUCAACUCGCAACCCAAUUCUACGCCACAAUAGGCUACCUCGUAACCUACCACGAUAAUUCACCCGCAAUCCCACCCCAAAAUGACCCCACUGCCGCGCCUGCCCUCGCCAAAAUCACCAAGAACUCGACCGCGCCGCCCGCCCCCGCUGGUGCGCCUGCAGGCUCCCAAGCAUCCCCACAACAACAAUCGGCCCAAAUCCCAGGUCAACAGCAGCAAGGAGGCGGUGAUGCAGGACAGACACCAGGAGCUGGAGGAGGAACUGGAGGGGCGGGUGCCGACCCGAAUCUACCGCCUGCGCCGGAUUCGCCGCGGACGUUUGCGAGUCGGCAGCGGGAGUUGGCGAGGGAUUUGGUCAUCAAAGAGCAGCAGAUUGAGUAUCUGAUCUCGGUACUUCCUGGAAUUGACUCAUCGGAGGCGGAGCAGGAAAGGAGGAUUAAAGAGUUGGAGAAGGAGCUGAGAAGUGCGGAGGAGGACAGGGAACAAAGAGUGCGGGAAUUGAGGAAGUUGCGAAAGAAGCUGGAGAAUGUUUUAGGAGCUGUUGAGGUGGGAAUCUAUGGGGAUCGCGGGGCUGUGGCGUCUAGAAGGUGA